AUGAUGUCCUCCAGCUCCAAUGAGACCCUGGUGAGCCACCAAACCUUUGUCCUGAUUGGCAUCCCUGGGAUGCAGGAGAAGAACUCUUGGGUGGCCUUCCCACUGUUUGUGCUCUACGCCCUGACUCUGCUUGGGAACAUCACGAUCCUCUAUGUCAUCAAGAUUGACCAAAGCCUUCAUGAGCCCAUGUACUUCUUCCUUUGCCUGCUCGCCUGCUCGGAUCUGGGCCUCUCCAUUUCAACCAUGCCAACAAUGCUGCAAGUCUAUUGGUUUGACUCAGGAGAAAUCCCAUUCAAUGCCUGCAUCACCCAGAUGUUUUUUCUCCAUUCGUUCCAAUGGGCAGAAUCUGGCAUUCUUGUGGCAAUGGCUUUUGACCGCUUGAUUGCCAUCUCUGAGCCAUUGAGAUAUAGAUUACUUCUCCCAAACACUGUAAUUGCAAAAAUAGGCAUAGCUGUGUUUUCCCGAGCUUUCUGUGUCAUCUUCCCAAUCCCCUUUAUUAUUAAACGGCUCCCUUUCUGUAGAUCUAAUGUCCUUUCCCACUCCUACUGUCUGCACCCAGAUGCCAUGAAAUUAGCUUGUGCAGACACAAGAGUCAACGUCUUGUAUGGUUUGAUUCUUGUCAUGUGCACUUUGGGGUUGGACGUGGUCAUCAUUCUUGUAUCGUAUGUCCUGAUUCUGAAGACUGUCUUGAGCAUUGCCUCCCGGGAAGAGUGUCUGAAGGCUCUCAACACCUGCGUCUCCCACAUUUGUGCCAUCUUGAUCUUCUACGUCCCAAUGAUUGGUGUCAGUGUAGUACAUCGAUAUGGGAAGCACCUUUCCCCCAUUGUCCACAUGCUGAUGGCCAACAUCUAUGUUGCGGUCCCACCACUUCUCAAUCCCGUUGUGUACAGUGUGAAGACCCAGCAGAUUCGGCAAAGGAUAUGCAACAUUUUGAAGUUAAGGAAAAGUAGGGCUUGA